AUGGCUUCCUUCCCAUUCCAUUGCCCCUUCGACUGGGAAAUCCGCAGUCCUCACGAUGCUGCGCCGUGCAACCCCAAGAACUCUCGCGAGCAUCCCUCGUCGCUCGUGCACCGUGCUGCCUCAGCCAUGGACCCGCAGCAUCAACACAUUGCAGCCGCCAUCGACCAGUCCUCCGACGCGCCAAUGACGCGACGAGACGACUCCCUUCGCCACCUAACAUCUGUCACACAUUCGGAAAUCUCUCACACGAACAUGGCUGACGUCAAGGCUGUUCCCGCGGCACGCGUUGCCGUCACGGCGCAGUCUGCCACCGAGCUGAUCGGCAACACGCCCCUCGUUCGCCUCAACAAGAUCCCCCAGAGCCUCGGCCUCGAGUGCGACGUCUACGCCAAGGUCGAGCUCUUCAACACGGGCGGCAGUGUCAAGGACAGGAUAGCCCUGCGCAUGAUUGAGGAGGCCGAGAAGAGCGGCCGCAUCAAGCCUGGCGACACCCUCAUCGAGCCCACGAGCGGCAACACGGGCAUCGGCCUGGCCCUCGUCGGCGCCAUCAAGGGCUACAAGACCAUCAUCAUCCCUGCCCGAGAAGAUGUCGGCCGAGAAGGGUGUCCGUCCUCAAGGCGCUCGGUGCCAACCAUCAUCCGCACCCCGACCCAGGCUGCCUUGGGACGCCCCCGAGUCGCACAUUGGCGUCGCCCCGCCGCCUCCAGAAGGAGAUCCCCAACGCCCACAUCCUCGACCAGUAACCCAACGUCGACAACCCCCUCGCGCACGAGUUGGGCACUGCCGAGGAGAUCUGGGCGCAGACCGGCGGCAACCUGA